CUUUUGUGUAGUUCGGACUAAUCAACUGGGGGAGCGUUCAGAUUAAAUCAAGUGGAUUUGACAGGGAGUAAAACAACGCGCUGAAAAGCGCAAUGAGCAUGUGCAAGUAUGGUGGCUAUCAAGCGAGGCUGGGUUAAGUAGCGGAGCUUUGGACUCUAUCUUGGGCGCUGCAAUCUUCUCCUCAAGUUGGAUUUCACUGCAAUGACCGAAACUCCAGAACUGAGGAGGAGAAUGAAGACUCGAGCUCCACCUCCACCCCUGGCCACCCAUCACAUCUUUACAAACUCUGUACAUGAUGUGGGUGGGACACUGUGCAUGGAAACGAAAGAGAACAUGAUGAGACCCACUGUCAAUUUUAAAUUGACAUCACCACAGGGAUUCCAGACAUCUGUAACUGAGGAUGGAAGUAAGCCGCUGAUGGACUUGCUGGUUGACCUGUGUGGCCGCUACCGUCUAAAUCCCGCACUGCACACGCUGGAGCUGUUGUCACCUGAAGGCCACUCUUUGGGGUUCAAGCCCAACGUGUUGCUAGGCUCUUUAGAUGUGGCGUCUGUCCUCAUCAAAGAGAAAUCCUGGGAAGAGAUAGGGCCGCGCAGAUCGGCACCGAGAAUCCCUGAGAAAGCGAGUCCUGGAAAGAGAACAGUGCGUUUGAUGGUGAACUAUCACAGCAGCCAGAAGGCAGUGGUACGGGUCAACCCAUUGAUUCCACUCCAGGCCCUGAUACCAGUCAUCUGUGAAAAAUGCGAGUUUGAUCCUUCAUGUGUCCAGCUCCUUAAGGAUAGCGUCAGUCGCCAAAAGUUACCACUGGAUAAAUCUUUAACACAGCUGGGAAUUAAGGAGCUGUAUGUUCUCGAUCGGAGUUUCGUUCUGCAGCCUAAAAUGGGUUCAACUCCAGCUCUAAACUAUUCAGAAUCCAUUAGCGCCAGCACUAACAGUUUGGACAGAGGGACUAAAAAAGGCCUUUUAGGUUUAUUCCAUUUCGGCAGGAAGAAAUCGAGGUCAGAGACCUCGUCUUUGGGCAUGGAGGACUCUAAUGAUAAAAUAAUCCAAAAUGAAGAACGAUGUUCUGCACUUUCUGCAAUCUCAGCUGUUCCUAACAGAGAGGAUCAACUUAGUACAACGGGGACGUCUCGUUCAGUCAUGAAUGUUUACAGGACAUCGCCAAAGUAUGAAAUCAAGAAGAGAAGGGCUCCAGCACCACCUCCAGCGCCCUCGAUCAUCUCAAUGGAACACAAUAAUUUGGAAGAGUAUCAGAUGGGCUCUGAGUCAGAAAGCCAGCAGAGGAGAAGGAAGGCCCCAGCCCCCCCUGCAAGUACAGAUUCAAUCCCCCCAGACUCUUAUGGUGCUUCUACUUGUAUUCCCAUCCCUGUUAGCCAAUCAAGUCAAAAACAUUCUCCAGCUUUGUGCACUAAGAUGGCUCAGUCACCAACAAUCUCAUCGAAAAUUUUAAAAACUAUGAGGCCACAAUCCCCAAAGCCCAAAAUUCAACCUCAAUCUCUCUUCACUGUUGCACCCAAAAGUAUCACCCCUUCCCUGAGCAACAGCAUUGCCGAAAGCCAAGUACUUCAGGACUCUAGCUCUAAACUAUGCCACAGCCUUGACCAUGAUCUUGACACAGAUGACACCGUAUCCCUGACCAGCAGUGCUGCAAGUGGAUCAGUCCAUAUUAAACACCCUACAAAACAUAAUGGCACAAAAUUGAAAGAAUUAGAUAAAGAUAGCAGUAUGAAGGCCAAAGUGGAAAGUGGACCUACUUCAAGUCCAAUCUCCAAGACACCGUGUGAGUCAGUCCUUAACCGGAAAACGGAUGAAAUUGAGAACAAGAGACGUGGCACAGGAUCACCUGAUCUCACAGCACCACCCAAACCCCGACGUUCACCAGCCUGGGAACACCGUACCCUAUCUACACCUCCCCAAUUAUCUUUAUAUGAACCCACAAAAAGCAGUACUCCACAGAGAACCAAAGAAAAGGAAGAAACUGCUUCCCAGACCUGGUUCCAUUCUAUAAAGAGCAGGGACGUCAGUGUCCAGGCCUCAGGAACUGAAGCCCCUGAGGCUGAGACGUUGUCCCUGGGAAACGGCAGUAGUGGCAGCAGUCUACCAGAUCAAGGUUAUGCUGCUUCUGAAGGAAUGGCAGAUGGUGAAGACUCAGGACUUGUGAGCACUCCAUCUGAUACCCAACCCACAUCUCCAGAUGGGAGUUUGCUUUUUGAGCGAAGUUGUGUAGCCAGACGAGCGAAACCACCUAGGCCUAUUCGAGACCUUUCCAGCGAUAGUGAUGAAGGAUGUGCCACUUGGGGAUCAAAAAACAGUCAAAGCAAACUCAAGGCUACGUCAACUAAAGUAAGCAGUACCUUUCAGGAGAAAUACAAAUGGCUCCAUCAGGCAAAAACAGAUCCCGUCUUUCCAGUGAUUCCUGGUGUGCCAAUGUCCAUAGUGGACCUAAAUAUACCUGUCACGGCCAUAGAUGAAGUACUGGAGGAAUAUAAACCUCUUCUAGAAAAAAAUGAGUCAACAGUACUCAGAGAGACAAAUGUGGCACAUCAUAAAGGUUCAGAGAGUGUUGCAGAGUGGCACAAAAAGAACAAUUCCUCCACAGAUGUUUUCAAUGAAAAAAAUAGCAUUGUGAAUGCUAAAUCUGACCAAUAUAAGAACACUAUGGAGAAUGGGACAAGUAGUUAUACAAAGGAAGGGAAAAAGGAAGACAUGAAAGAGGCUUCACAUAGACUGGCACUAGUAAAACCUUUUGAGCCCGAGGAAAAAUGCACAAGCUUAAUGAUAAAAAGUCAAACUCUUAGAUCGGAUUCCUUGAUGGAGAGUAACACUCAUUUUUUACAAGAGGACAAUCUCGUCCUUCCCAAAGACAGCCAGAGAUCACUGUCCACAGAAAAAGUAGAUAAUCAGAGUGUUUUCCGCAGUAACGCCAGUUCACCUAUGUUGCACAGGAAAGUUACCUGCAAUCCCACCUCUCGAUUUGGUAUGAAAACCUUCACUGUUGUUCCAUCCAAGCCCUCUGCUUUGCAAAGUGGUGCACAAAGUGCAUCGGCCUCUUCAACCGUCGGUGCUAUUAAAAUUGAUGAACAAGGAAAUAUCAUGAAAUAUAAUGGCCCUCAACACAGAGUUGGUGAUGCAACAGAAUCAGGGAUUACCAGAAGCGAGGAGUGUCCGCUUAUUGGAAAAGCCAAAGCCUUUUGGAGCUCCAGUGAAAGACAAGACUGUUCUCUUUCUUGUCGCCCAGGUGUGACUGACAAGGAAAAAGCAAGCUUAGAGAACAUUGAAAGUAGUCACACAACUGUGACUUCUUUUACCGCGAACAGACGAGAACCCCUGAAAACACAACCAACCAUCACAAGUACUGCAGACAGUGUUCCGCCUAAAGAGACUAGUGGGAAAAUCAAUGAAACGAUGCAUCGUGCCAUCAUUAAAAACAAGCCCCAAGCAAUUGUUAAUGAUAUUUCAGUACCUGAAAGUAUUAAGCAACCACAGUCACCCUUUCCUUCCUUCCUUAAACCAACAAGACGUACGUCAAGCCAGUAUGUGGCAUCUGCCAUCAAUAAAUACGGCCCAAUGGGAUCCACAAAACACAACAUGUUGUCUUUUCCCUCUCAGUCCUCUCCUUUAACACAGAACCUUGCCUUCCAUACAUUGGGUCACUCAAUGCAAGUAAAUCCACGACAGUCCUCCAAGAUAUCAUUGACAGAUAAGACAUUUAACACAGCGGGUCUUCACGACCCUUGUCAUGCAAGGUCCAUGAGCGACCCCGAAUUUGUAUCAGAAAGCCAGAAAGAAAGCAAAGAGGACAAGAAGGAAAACCGUGUUGAAUCCACCAACGAAAGCUCUUUCUCACUAGGACCGGUAUCAGACAGAAUUAAACACUUUCAGCCAAGUGUUCCCACUCAAAUAGCCAUGACUGAACGUGAAAUUAGAGACGUCAAAGAUAAUCAUUGUAAAAGCCCCAUCAUUUUACGCAGAAAUGAUCCACAACCGACUGCCAAACCCCAGAUAACCACACGUCUAACAGCUACAGCAAAGUCAGAACCUUCACGUACGAUGUCAGACAGUGGUGUCAUCCCUGGAUCCCCACCCGUUAACAUAUUUGGACCCGUGAAAAAGUUCAAACCAGUGGUGUGCAGAUCUAUUGAGAAAGAUACCUCUUUGCACAGUAAUCUAAUGGAGGCCAUCCAGGCAGGAGGAGGCAAGGACCGGCUCAGGAAGAUAUCAUCUGGUGCCAGAAGCCGGAAGGAGACAGAAGAGAAUGAGCGGGCAGCUCUUCUUGCAGCUAUUAGAGCCCAGAACAGCACUGGAAGGCUUAGGAAGACUAAAUCUGGUGCUGCUGCUGAAUUAGAAAGGUUCAGGUUAGCUUCACAGGAGGACCAAAGGACAGAUGGUCCCUCUUCUCCUUCACCAAUAUCUUUUACUUGCACUUCUCCUGUUACUUCAUCUCAGCCUCCUUCCAUGCAUGCUUCGCUUCCUCCCUUUUCUCCUUUCUUGCACCAGUCUAAGCCUUCCAAUGUCACAUUUAAAAAUGCCAAUGCCCUCAAGAACCCUGCCUUGGCCAGGGAAGCUGUGAUGGAAGCGAUCCGUUCUGGAACUGCGGCUGAGAAUCUAAAAAAGGUCGCAGUGCCCACAAAGACAGUACAAGUGAAUGGCAGAUUGGGAACAAUGCAUCCGACCUCCUCCAGUCUUCCCUCAGAAUAAACAUACAGUCAAAACAAGUAAAAAUAUUUCCAAAAUUCCUUUAGUAAGUUGUGUUUUACCACAAUGCUUUGGAAUAGACAUUUUUAAAACUGGUCAAGUGAUGACAAGAAUAAGGCAGAUAUCUAAGGGGGAAAACGCUUUUUUUUUUUUUUCCAUUUUAUGACCUUCAUAGCUCAGAACUUCUUGUCUCGUGCCUCCUAUUAAAGAAGUGCAAGUCUGAAAUGACAACUUGAUAGGAAACUGUAAUUUAGUUUUAAAAUGCCUGCCUUCUCACGGGAGGAACAUUUCAUUUAAAACACCUGUCUGGUGAAGUUAUGGCAAGUGUUAUGUUUAUUUGUAAAAUCAGGUCUGUUCAUUAGUUUUGUCAGUCACUGGCAGCCUUCCCUGAGAGUUUGAUAAUACAAAAAUUUGCUAGACUUUCUCAACUCUAGUUUUUGGGAACUUUAACUGGAGUGGUAUUCAACAAUAAGUGCCAAUGAAAACAGAAUAUUCCACAACCAGUUCUUUUGUUCUGUUUGUGUUUUAUUUUUGUUUACCACAGCUUAGAUUUGGAUGCCUUAUAGUAUUGUGUUGCACAGUGUUAUGUACAAAAAUGUCUCCUGUUAAAAUUCCAAAUGUGGUGCAAUUCUUUAUGAAGUUAAUAUAUCCAGACUUGACAUACUUAUGUUAACACAUUUGAACUACACUGAAGGAGAGUGUAUUUUAUGUAAAUCUUUGCUAAAGAAUGCCAACUUUUACAGUAAUGCUUGUGUAAAGGAGGGGGGGAAUGGUUUUGACCCACUAGUGCCUGUUAGCUUAUAAUGCUAUUGUUUUGGCUUCUAACUUAAUGUCUGCUGCUGUUUAACACAGGUUCAUGCAGUAACAUAUAUAGCACAAGGGAAGUAGCUUACAUUUGACUUUUACAUUCACAAUCAUUUUUUGUUAUAAGUCAGAGAAAUUACACUAAUGGUAGUAAUGAACAAAUACCACAUCACCUGUGUGUGCGCUGGCUUUGCAAUAUUAAUGUCAUGUAACAUGGCAGUUUUAGGAAACCAGUAACUUCUGGUGCAUUUGAGUUAUUUCAUUUAAUACCUCGGAAAAGUUUACAGUUUGGAACAGCUCAUUGAUUUAGGAAAAGUCAGAUGUUGCCAUUGGUAUGAAUUGGUAGGAAAUGGUUUUAUUUAUACGGAGCAGGUUUUCAAAUGAGAAAUAACUAGCAUUCAUAUGCUUGUCUAAAUGUUUGCUGCUGUUCAAUAGGAUGAGUGAAGAGAUUUUACUUUCCUACUUUCACAUAGAUUAUUUAUGUUCAUUUUACAUCUAAAAUUGUUUUAUCAAGAGACACGAUCCUUGAUUUUUUUUUUUUUUUUUUUUGUCUGACUAUAAUGUUCUGAUUAGCUCGUAACAGAUUGCAUUUCACAGUAGAAUUGUAUAUUUUGUAAACAAAUCAUCACCAUCGAUUUAUAUUUGUAUUAUUAUUAGGGACUCAUUCAGCGGAUGGGUAGAGAUGUAUUUAAGCCUCUGCAUUUUACGUUUUUCCUAAAGUUUGUACAUUGAUUUUGUCUACCUUUAUUUUUGAUUGA